AAACUAAAAAAGGUAACCGCUUAAAGGUACUUUAAUCAACUAUCAAUCCGCCCUCCAUGGAGCACUCUUUCGGUGUGAGAAAAGGUGCAUGGACUGAAGAGGAAGAUAUCCUUCUCAGGCAGUGCGUUGAGAACUAUGGAGAAGGACAGUGGUUUCAAAUUCCUCACAGAGCAGGCUUAAAUAGAUGCCGGAAAAGCUGUAGAAUGAGGUGGCUGAACUACCUGAAGCCAAAUGUCAAGAGAGGAGGCUUUGCCGCAGACGAAGUUGAUCUGAUUAUCAGGCUCCAUAAACUCUUACGCAACAGGCAAGUGUAGCUAGUUAAUAUAAUAUAAUUCCAACUGAUAAUGCAGGAUCGGAUCAGCAGUUAGACAUGCAUGACCUCAUGCAAGCAUCAAAUUAAUAACUCUCC